GAGAAAGCAGAGCAGACUGGUGCUCUCACAUGACUAACCUGCUGAAUGAAGACAAACUGGACCAAACUUUCCUCUUCUCCCCUGCUUACUCUUCUCUUCUGUCACUCCAUUUUCAUCGCAACCGCCCCAUCACCGUACUCCUACCCCUACCCCUAACCACCUAACCCUAAUUUUCCCCUUUUUACCCUCUACGAAGCUUUUAUCAUCUUCUUCACCCUUUAAUUUGCUCUUCAUCUUCUCUUUGAACCAACUCUCCUGCAUUAUUCUGGCUCUCCCAACCAUGGAAGCUUUUAGUUUACUCAAAUACUGGAGAGGGGGCGGCGGCGGUGCCGGAAAUGGAGUCAUUCUUGGCUCUGCGGAUUCUACACGCGCCACCACUGUUCUCACUGCUCUUGCUCAAAACUCCAUUGAAACUGACGAUGACGACGACAACGACGACGGCCCCUUUUUUGACUUGGAGUUCACCGUUCCCGACGACGACGAGAAGGAAAGAAAUGACAGUGAGUCUGACGAAGACGACGAUGACGGUGCAGAUGAUGAGUUCAACUUCACACUCUCCUCCGGUUCGAGCAAUGACCGAGUUGAUCAAACGCUUGCACUGUCACCGUCCGAUGAUUUGUUUUUCAAAGGAAGACUAGUGCCGAUUGAGCCGUCUUCCGUACUCAUUAACGGUUCAGAUCCUAAUUCCAAGCCUCAGUUCCCGGUUUCUCUCAUGAAAUCCGCUACUAAAUUUCGAGUUUUCAUGUUAGGGUUUAAAAAAUCCAAAUUAGACAAAACCGCCGCCGCCGCCGCCGCAGAGGCUAAUAACGAACCUGCAAAUAGUUCUCAAAUGGCGGAACCUGAAGAAGAGGAAGAAAUAACAAAACAAAGUAACAGUAAGUUUUUUACUGUUAAGUUCAAGGUAGAAGAAGUGCCGUUAGUUUCACUGUUUACUAGAGACAACAGUAAAAGCGCUAACAAAUCUCACAAGCAAAUCAAUAAUAAUACAGAGCAUACUGCCACCUCCGCUGCCGCCACUAAUACGACGUCGUUUUUAUCUUCCGAUGACAAACGGUUUUCAAAAGAUGUAAUGCAGAAGUAUUUAAAGAAGGUGAAGCCGCUCUACAUUCGCGUUUCGAAACGGUACGGAGACAAAUUAAAAUUUUCCGGUCAGUUAAGCUUAGUUUCCGGACUGAAACAAUCUGCUGCUCCGCCACCUUCAACGGCAGCCGCGCCUCCUAAAACAUCACCGACUGCUGAGAAGAAACAGCCAGAGGCGGAAAUUAAGGAAAGUGCCACGUCAGCUACAUUGAGCAGUAAUGUGAAGAGCUUAAAACAAGCAGGACUGAGAGUUGUGUGUAAACACUUGGGGAAAAGCCGGUCAGCUUCUUCUGCGGUGGCGGCGGUUCCUCCGUCUUCUUCAUCGUCGGUUGCGACGGCUCCGGUAGUUUCAAAGAGGAGAGAUGACUCGUUGUUGCAACAACAAGAUGGAAUCCAAAGUGCUAUUCUUCAUUGUAAAAGAUCAUUCAAUGCCUCUAGAGAUUCAGAUUCAUCUCUGUUAUCAAGAUCAGUAAGUGACCCAUCUCAUGAAAAAUCAAUUGAAUUUUCAAGAAAAUCGUCAGGUGUUAAAGGGAAAGUUUCUGUGAAUCUUUGAGAAUUACAACUAGGCGGGAAAAAGUGGCUGAUUUAAUCAGACUUUUUGUUGAUAAAUAUUGUAGCAUAUAAUAUGUUUCAUUUUCAGGUUUAUAUUUGGAAAAUGAUUCUCUCUAGUAGCUAGCUAGAAUUUAAUUAAUUAUCAGUUUAUCAGAACAUCAAUAUCUACCUUCCUGAUAUGUAUAUGGGUACUUUUUUCUAAUCUUUGUGUAUUUUAUUUA